UUGACAUAAACAACAAAAUAAAGAUUUGGUUUGUGAAUUGAAUGAUUUGCAAUUUACUUUAUUUGUGUAUCAGUAUUUUAAAAUCUAUUCAAAAUGUUUCAGUUUGGAUUCAACAUGUUUCAUGAAAUUACACGACCUUUUAACAUGAAUUAUCGAUGUUAUUCUGUGUCAAUGCUACCUGGAAAUGAAAGGCAAGACGUGGAAAGAGGAGGAAAAAUUAUUAUGCCACCAUCAGCAUUGGAAAUGCUAACCAGGUUAAGCAUUGAGUACCCAAUGAUAUUUAAACUAACAAACAGGAAAACAAAUAGAAUCACACAUUGCGGUGUCUUGGAAUUUGUUGCAGAUGAAGGAAAAGUUUACCUACCACAUUGGAUGAUGGCCAACCUGGUACUGGAAGAAGGUACAGUAGUCCAAAUUGAAAGUGUCUCUCUACCAGUGGCAACAUUUUCUAAAUUCCAGCCACUAUCUGAAGAUUUCUUGGAUAUCACAAAUCCUAAAGCAGUUCUAGAAAAUUGCCUAAGGAAUUUCUCAUGUCUAACAACAGGCGAUGUGAUUGCCAUCAAAUAUAAUUCGAAAGUAUAUGAAUUAUGCGUAUUAGAAACAAAACCUGGAAAUGCUGUUAUAAUUAUUGAAUGUGAUAUGAAUGUCGAGUUUGCACCACCAGUUGGUUACAAAGAAGAGGAGCACAUUCCGAAAAAUGCAGGAGGUAGUUCAGGUGUCAGUAUGGAUGAGGACCCAGCUGCAAUUAUGCCAGAACCCAGUGGUUUUGUUGCUUUCAGUGGUGAAGGCAACAGACUCGAUGGCAAGAAGAAAAAGCUUACUAGUGAAAGUGAAUCGGAGUCACAAAGUUCACAAGCCAGACAGUCUUAUGUGCGUGGAAUUCCUGAUUACGAGUGGACUGUCGGUACAUUAAGAUUUAUAAGAAAUUCCCGACCACCAAGCGCAAAAGAGGAAAUACCCACAGAACCAUUUGAAGCUUUCAAAGGCGAAGGUUUCACUCUACGCACUGCAAAAUCAAAGAACUAAGCCACCUCUGAUAAAUAAGUAGCUCCUUGUUUUCCAAUUUUAUAAAGUUUCCUUUGAAUGCUUAUUCCGUUUCAUUUAGUUUGUAUAGUUUAAUUAUAUUUAUGUAUGUAUAAAUUAAGUUGUGCAUGGGUCAUAGAUUUAGCAUAUUGAUUAAUUUACAUCCUAAAGAUAUUUUUUGUUCCUUGUAUAAUAAAAUAUAAACACCGCAAGCAAUUUGA